AUGUCAGCAACAUUCCAUUCUAGUCUCUCAAAAGACCUUUCUUUAAUAUUUAACGAUGCCGAUGAUUUUAACGUUAUCAUUAAUGUCGGUGAUGUCGAAAGUGCAAAAGAAUUUCGAGCGCAUUCAGUCAUUUUACGCGCGCGAUCACCAUAUUUUAAGAGCGCCUUUUCUGCUGACUGGAUUAUCAAGGAAGAUAAUAUUAUCAUAUUUAAUAAACCCAACAUUACUCCGACCGUUUUUGACAUGCUUUUAAGAUAUAUUUACACAGGUGAAAUCAAUUUAUCAAAGCAGAAGGGCGAAGAUGUACUUGCAUUGUUAAUUGCCUCUGAUGAAUUGCUGCUGGAUGAACUAUUCCAAUUUGUACAGGUUCACUUGCUUGAGAGACAAAUUAGCUGGGUUCAACAAAAUUUUGUUCUCGUCCUUCAAACCGUUUUCAAGCUUGCUAAUUGCAAGGCACUACAAGAUUAUUGUCUUGAAUCAAUCUGUGCAAAUCCACAACCAUUUAUCGCUUCGAACCAUUUCUUGUCACUUGAUAAAGAUAUACUUAUUGGCUUGCUUAAAAGAGAUGAUUUGCAAGUGGAAGAAAUUGAUGCAUGGGACUGUUUAAUCCAAUGGGGUAUUAAACAAAUUCCUGAUUUGGAGAGCGAUAGAGCUAAAUGGGAUCAAAAGGAUUUUAAAGCAUUGGAGAAAACGUUAAAGGAACUCGUCCCCUUUAUUCGAUUUAUGGAAAUUUCACCUAUUGAGUUUUAUGACAAAGUUCGUCCUUAUAAGGUUGUUAUUCCCAAUCAUAUUUGUGACGAAGUUGAGGCAUUUCAUUAUAAAAAAAUCUUACCAAAGAUAAUAACUUCGCGUCCUCGUCUGGGUAGACUGGAAUCAACGAUAAUCAAACCAAAACUUGUAAAUAUCAUAUCUAACUGGAUUGACAAAAAUGAUUCUGCCGUACUUUCAUCUAAUAAUAAAUACAAGUUUAAUUUAAUUUACCUGAAAAGUCGUGAUGGUUUUGAUUAUAAGACAUUCAAUAAUAGAUGUAAAGGACAAGGACCAUUUGUAGUAUUGAUAAAAGUUCGAUCAAAUACGAUCUAUGGUGGUUAUAAUCCAAUCGGUUAUGAUGAAAGGUGUCAAUGGGUAACGUCAUCGGCAAGUUUUAUCUUCUCUUUUGAGAAUGAUCAAGAUAUACAGAAUAUGGAAAUUGGCAGGGUCAUUUUUGCGAAGAAAGCUAUAUAUGAGCAUUGCAAUGCAUUCUUUAAUUUUGGAAGUCAUUUAUUUGUUAAAGGACGAGACCUUUUCCUUAGUAAUCCCGGACAUUAUGUUAAUAUAUUUACCAACGUAGAUAUCAGUUUGCCUAUUGAAGAGAUUGAGAUUUUUAGUAUAGUUAAGAAGUAA